ACCCCCGGGUUCAGGGAACGCCUUAGACAGCCUGGCGGUAGAUUCUGCUCCUGCGCUGAGGGGCCGGGGCGGGCUGAGCCUCAGGAGCGGGAGACGGAGCUGGCUGGGCCUCUGGUGCAGGAGCAGGGCUGGCAGCCGGCUGUGCCUCAGGGGCCGGUGCAGGCGAGGCGGCGGGAGCAGGUGCAGGCUGGGCCUCGGGAGCCGGUGAAGCAGCAGGGGCAGGCUGCUGAGCCUCAGGGGCCGGUGCAGGCGAGGCAGCGGGAGCAGGAGCAGGUGCAGGCGAGGCAGCGGGAGCAGGAGCAGGAGCAGGCGACGCGGUGGGGGCAGGAGACGCGGCGGGAGCAGGAGACGCGGCGGGAGCAGGCGAAGCGGCGGGCUGGGCGGGAGCCUCAGCAGGCGGGGCCGGGGCGGGGAAACCCUCGGGCUUCGCGGCACCACGGGGGCCGUGUCCUCGGAACCGCUCAUCAUGCGGUCGACCAUGGACUUGAGGUCGGCCAUCUGGAUGGUGACUCCUCCGGCGGCAGCGGGCUCCUGGCGCUUGACCUUGCCGGGGAUCCUGCCCAUCUGCUGGAUGACACCGGGGGCGGCGGCGGCAGGGGCGGCGGCGGCGGGAGCAGUGCCGGCAGCGGAGGUGGCGGCGGCAGGAGCAGCGGCAACGGGAGCAGCGACGGCAGCAGGGAUCUCGGCGGCCUUGCCGGCGCCUGCGCGCUGAGCACCACCGGCACCGGCAGCAGCAGCUCCGACGGUCAGAAUGAACUCGCCGUCGAGGCUUUGGACGGGAACAGCAACGCGCAUGUUGGCCAUGUCAAGGACGGGCUGGGAGUUGAGGGCCUUGAACUGGUUGUCGAGGAGGAGAGGCUGGUUGUUGUUGAGGAGGUUGUUGUUGGCGUUGUUGUUGGCAUUGUUGUUGGCAUUGUUGUUGGCGUUGUUGUUGUUGUUGUUGGCUUCCCGGUUCCUGUCUGCGUUGUUGCCGUUGCCCCGGCCGUUACCACCUUUGCCCUUGCCCUCCUGUCUCCUGACGCGACCAGCAGGCGCGAUAAUGUUCUGCUGAGCACCGCCGGGGUUCUGGAGCACGCCACGCUGGGCGACGCUGAUCUGGAGUGCUGA